AUGUCCUUUGAAACAGAGCACUCAACAACAACAGUAGCACCCAUUUCAAGGCAAACCGAGCCUUUAACAAUUUCCCAAGUAUCAAGUUCUACUCAAGCAGCGCCAUCUACUAUAACAUCACAGGAAACCUCCUUUAUUUCAACAUCAGUUUCAACUGAAAGAGAACUUUCUACUAUACAGGAAACAUCAACUUCAACCCCAACAGAACACCCAACUCUUCCUCAACUGUCAACUUCUACCAUUGAAGUGACUUCCACUAUUACACCAACACAGACUUCAUCUAUUACAAGAACACCAACUUCUUCUGAAACAGAACCUUCUACAAUAGUAAGAACAUUUACCUCAUCUAUGGCACCAACUUCAGUGUCCUUUGAAACCGAGCAUUCAACAACAACAGUAGCACCCAUUUCAAGACAAACCGAGACUUUGACAAUUUCCCAAGUAUCAAGAUCUACUCAAACAGUGCCGUCAACUCUAACAUCACAGGAAACCUCCUAUAUUUCAACAGCAUCAGUCUCAACUGAAAGAGAACUUUCUACUAUACAGGAAACAUCAACAUCAACCCCAACAGAACACCCAACUCUUCCCCAACUGUCAACUUCUACCAUUGAAGUGACUUCCACUAUUACACCAACACAGACUUCAUCUAUGACAAGAACACCAACUUCUUCUGAAACAGAACCUUCUACAAUAGUAAGAACAUUUACCUCAUCUAUGGCACCAACUUCAGUGUCCUUUGAAACAGAGCAUUCAACAACAACAGCUUCACCGAUUUCAAGGCAAACUGAGCCUUUAACAAUUUCCCAAGUAUCAAGAUCUACUCAAACAGUGCCAUCUACUAUAACAUCACAAGAAACCUCCCAUAUUACAAUAUCCGUUUCAACUGAAAGAGAACUUUCUACUUCAAAGGAACAAUUGACCUUAAGCCAAACAGAAGUCUCACCUCAUUUUCAACCAUCAAGUUCUACCAUUGAAGUGACUUCCACUCUUGUUCCAAUACAGACUACAUCUGUUACAAAAACAUCAAAUUCUUCCGAAACAGAGCAUUCUACAAUAAUACCAACACAUAUGUCAUCUAAUGCACCAACUUCAAUGUCCUUUGAAACAGAGCACUCAACAACAACAGUAGCACCCAUUUCAAGGGAAACCGAGCCUUUAACAAUUUCCCAAGUAUCAAGUUCUACUCAAACAGUGCCAUCAACUAUAACAUCACAAGAAACCUCCUAUAUUUCAACAACAUCAGUUUCAACUGAGAGAGAACUUUCUACUAUACAGGAAGCAUCAACAUCAACCCCAACAGAACACCCAACUCUUCCUCAACUGUCAACUUCUACCAUUGAAGUGACUUCCACUAUUACCCCAACACAGACUUCAUCUAUUACAAGAACGCUAACUUCUUCUGAAACAGAACCUUCUACAAUAGUAAGAACAUUUACCUCAUCUAUGGCACCAACUUCAGUGUCCUUUGAAACAGAGCAUUCAACAACAACAGCUUCACCGAUUUCAAGGCAAACAGAGCAUUCAACAAUUUCCCAAGUAUCAAGUUCUACUGAAACAGCACCCUCAACUAUAACAUCACAGGAAACCUCCCAUAUUACAAUAUCCGUUUCAACUGAAAGAGAACUUUCUACUGCACAGGAACGAUUGACCUCAAGCCAAACAGAAGUCUCAUCUCAUUUUCAACCAUCAAGUUCUACCAUUGAAGUGACUUCCACUCUUGUUCCAAUACAGACUACAUCUGUUACAAAAACAUCAAAUUCUUCCGAAACAGAGCAGUCUACAAUAAUACCAACACAAAUGUCAUCUAAGGCACCAGCUUCAAUGUCCUUUGAAACAGAGCACUCAACAACAACAGUAGCACCCAUUUCAAGGGAAACCGAGCCUUUAACAAUUUCCCAAGUAUCAAGUUCUACUCAAACAGUGCCGUCAACUAUAACAUCACAGGAAACCUCCUAUAUUUCAACAGCAUCAGUUUCAACUGAAAGAGAACUUUCUACUAUACAGGAAACAUCAACUUCAACCCCAACAGAACACCCAACUCUUCCCCAACUGUCAACUUCUACCAUUGAAGUGACUUCCACUAUUACCCCAACACAGACUUCAUCUAUUACUAGAACAUCAACUUCUUCUGAAACAGAACCUUCUACAAUAGUAAGAACAUUUACCUCAUCUAUGGCACCAACCUCACAGUCCUUUGAAACACAGCAUUCAACUACAACAGCUUUACCGAUUUCAAGGCAAACAGAGCAUUCACCAAUUUCCCAAGUAUCAAGUUCUACUCAAACAGCGCCAUCAACUAUAACAUCACAGGAAACCUCCCAUAUUACAAAACCCGUUUCAACUGAAAGAGAACUUUCUACUGCACAGGAACGAUUGACCUCAAGCCAAACAGAAGUCUCACCUCAUUUUCAACCAUCAAGUUCUACCAUUGAAGUGACUUCCACUCUUGUUCCAAUACAGACUACAUCUGUUACAAAAACAUCAAAUUCUUCGGAAACAGAGCAUUCUACAAUAAUACCAACACAUAUGUCAUCUAUGGCACCAGCUUCAAUGUCCUUUGAAACAGAGCACUCAACAACAACAGUAGCACCCAUUUCAAGGCAAACCGAGCCUUUAACAAUUUCCAAAGUAUCAAGUUCUACUCAAACAUCAACUUCUUCUGAAACAGAACCUUCUACUAUAGUAGGAACAUAUACCUCAUCUAUGGCACCAACUUCAGUGUCCUUUGAAACAGAGCAUUCAACAACAGUAGCACCCAUUUCAAGGCAAACAGAGCCUUUGACAAUUUCCCAAAUAUCAAGAUCUACUCAAACAGCGCCGUCAACUAUAACAUCACAAGAAACCUCCUAUAUUUCAACAACACCAGUUUCAACUGAAAGAGAACUUUCUACUAUACAGGAAGCAUCAACUUCAACCCCAACAGAACACCCAACUCUUCCCCAACUGUCAACUUCUACCAUUGAAGUGACUUCCACUAUUACACCAACACAGACUUCAUCUAUUACAGGAACACCAACUUCUUCUGAAACAGAACCUUCUACAAUAGUAAGAACAUAUACCUCAUCUAUGGCACCAACUUUACAGUCCUUUGAAACAGAGCAGUCAACAACAACAGCUUCACCGAUUUCAAGGCAAACAGAGCAUUCACCAAUUUCCCAAGUAUCAAGUUCUACUCAAACAGCGCCGUCAACUAGAACAUCACAGGAAACCUCCCAUAUUACAAUAUCCGUUUCAACUGAAAGAGAACUUCCUACUGCACAGGAACGAUUGACCUCAAGCAAAACUGAAGUCUCACCUCAUUUUCAACCAUCAAGUUCUACCGUUGAAGUAACUUCCACUCUUGUUCCAAUACAGACUACAUCUGUUACAAAAACAUCAAAUUCUUCCGAAACAGAGCAUUCUACAAUAAUACCAACACAUAUGUCAUCUAAGGCACCAACUUCAAUGUCCUUUGAAACAGAGCACUCAACAACAACAGUAGCACCCAUUUCAAGGGAAACCGAGCCUUUAACAAUUUCCCAAGUAUCAAGUUCUACUCAAACAGUGCUGUCAAUUAUAACAUCACAAGAAACCUCCUAUAUUUCAACAGCAUCAGUUUCAACUGAAAGAGAACUUUCUACUAUACAGGAAACAUCAACUUCAACCCCAACAGAACACCCAACUCUUCCCCAACUGUCAACUUCUACCAUUGAAGUGACUUCCACUAUUACACCAACACAGACUUCAUCUAUUACAAGAACACCAAUUUCUUCUGAAACAGAACCUUCUACAAUAGUAAGAACAUUUACCUCAUCUAUGGCACCAACUUCAAUGUCCUUUGAAACAGAGCACUCAACAACAACAGUAGCACCCAUUUCAAGGCAAACAGAGCCUUUAACCAUUUCCCAAGUAUCAAUUUCUACUCAAACAGUGCCGUCAACUAUAACAUCACAAGAAACCUCCUAUAUUUCAACAACAUCAGUUUCAACUGAAAGAGAACUUUCUACUAUACAGGAAACUUCAACCCCAACAGAAAACCCAACUCUUCCUCAACUGUUAACUUCUACCAUUGAAGUGACUUCCAGUAUUACACCAACACAGACUUCAUCUAUUACAAGAACAUCAACUUCUUCUGAAACAGAACCUUCUACAAUAGUAAGAACAUUUACCUCAUCUAUGGCACCAACUUCAGUGUCCUUUGAAACAGAGCAGUCAACAACAGUAGCACCUAUUUCAAGGCAAACCGAGCCUUUAACAAUUUCCCAAGUAUCAGGUUCUACUCAAACAGUGCCGUCAACUAUAACAUCACAAGAAACCUCCUAUAUUUCAACAACAUCAGUUUCAACUGAAAGAGAACUUUCUACUAUACAGGAAACAUCAACUUCAACCCCAACAGAACACCCAACUCUUCCUCAACUGUCAACUUCUACCAUUGAAGUGAAUUCCACUAUUACACCAACACAGACGUCAUCUAAUACAAGAACACCAACUUCUUCUGAAACAGAACCUUCUACAAUAGUAAGAACAUAUACCUCAUCUAUGGCACCAACUUCAGUGUCCUUUGAAACAGAGCAUUCAACAACAACAGCUUCACCGAUUUCAAGGCAAACAGAACAUUCAACAAUUUCCCAAGUAUCAAGUUCUACUCAAACAGCACCCUCAACUAUAACAUCACAAGAAACCUCUCAUAUUACAAUAUCCGUUUCAACUGAAAGAGAACUUACUACUGCACAGGAACCAUUGACCUCAAGCCAAACAGAAGUCUCACCUCAUUUUCAACCAUCAAGUUCUACCAUUGAAGUGACUUCCACUCUUGUUCCAAUACAGACUACAUCUGUUACAAAAACAUCAAAUUCUUCCGAAACAGAGCAUUCUACAAUAAUACCAACACAUAUGUCAUCUAAGGCACCAACUUCAAUGUCCUUUGAAACAGAGCACUCAACAACAACAGUAGCACCCAUUUCAAGGGAAACCGAGCCUUUAACAAUUUCCCAAGUAUCAAGUUCUACUCAAACAGUGCCGUCAACUAUAACAUCACAAGAAACCUCCUAUAUUUCAACAGCAUCAGUUUCAACUGAAAGAGAACUUUCUACUAUACAGGAAACAUCAACAUCAAGCCAAACAGAACACCCAACUCUUCCCCAACUGUCAACUUCUACCAUUGAAGUGACUUCCACUAUUACACCAACACAGACGUCAUCUAAUACAAGAACACCAACUUCUUCUGAAACAGAACCUUCUACAAUAGUAAGAACAUUUUCCUCAUCUAUGGCACCAACUUCAGUGUCCUUUGAAACAGAGCAUUCAACAACAGCAGCACCUAUUUCAAGGCAAACAGAGCCUUUGACAAUUUCCCAAAUAUCACGAUCUACUCAAACAGUGCCGUCAACUAUAACAUCACAAGAAACCUCCUAUAUUUCAACAACAUCAGUUUCAACUGAAAGAGAACUUUCUACUAUACAGGAAACAUCAACUUCAACCCCAACAGAACACCCAACUCUUCCUCAACUGUCAACUUCUACCAUUGAAGUGACUUCCACUAUUACACCAACACAGACUUCAUCUAUUACAGGAACAUCAACUUCUUCUGAAACAGAACCUUCUACAAUAGUCAGAACAUAUACCUCAUCUAUGGCACCAACUUCACAGUCCUUUGAAACCGAGCACUCAACAACAACAGCUUUACCGAUUUCAAGGCAAACAGAGCAUUCAACAAUUUCCCAAGUAUCAAGUUCUACUCAAACAGUGCCCUCAACUAUAACAUCACAGGAAACCUCCCAUAUUACAAUAUCCGUUUCAACUGAAGAACUUUCUACUAUACAGGAACCAUUGACCUCAAGCCAAACAGAAGUCUCACCUCAUUUUCAACCAUCAAGUUCUACCAUUGAAGUGACUUCCACUCUUGUUCCAAUACAGACUACAUCUGUUACAAAAACAUCAAAUUCUUCCGAAACAGAGCAUUCUACAAUAAUACCAACACAAAUGUCAUCUAAGGCACCAACUUCAAUAUCCUUUGAAACAGAGCACUCAACAACAACAGUAGCACCCAUUUCAAGGCAAACAGAGCCUUUAACCAUUUCCCAAGUAUCAAUUUCUACUCAAACAGCGCCGUCAACUAUAACAUCACAAGAAACCUCCUAUAUUUCAACAACAUCAGUUUCAACUGAAAGAGAACUUUCUACUAUACAGGAAACAUCAACUUCAACCCCAACAGAACACCCAACUCUUCCCCAACUGUCAACUUCUACCAUUGAAGUGACUUCCACUAUUACACCAACACAGACUUCAUCUAUUACAGGAACACCAACCUUUUCUGAAACAGAACCUUCUACAAUAGUAAGAACAUAUACCUCAUCUAUGGCAGCAACUUCAGUGUCCUUUGAAACAGAGCAUUCAACAACAACAGCUUCACCGAUUUCAAGGCAAACAGAACAUUCAACAAUUUCCCAAGUAUUAAGUUCUACUCAAACAGUGCCGUCAACUAUAACAUCACAAGAAACCUCCUAUAUUUCAACAGCACCAGUUUCAACUGAAAGAGAACUUUCUACUAUACAGGAAACAUCAACUUCAACCCCAACAGAACACCCAACUCUUCCCCAACUGUCAACUUCUACCAUUGAAGUGACUUCCACUAUUACACCAACACAGACUUCAACUAUUACAAGAACACCAACUUCUUCUGAAACAGAACCUUCUACAAUAGUAAGAACAUUUACCUCAUCUAUGGCACUAACUUUACAGUCCUUUGAAACCGAACAUUCAACAACAACAGCUUCACCGAUUUCAAGGCAAACAGAGCCUUCAACAAUUUUCCAAGUAUCAAGUUCUACUCAAACAGUGCCGUCAACUAUAACAUCACAAGAAACCUCCUAUAUUUCAACAACAUCAGUUUCAACUGAAAGAGAACUUUCUACUAUACAGGAAACAUCAACUUCAACCCCAACAGAACACCCAACUCUUCCUCAACUGUCAACUUCUACCCUUGAAGUGACUUCCACUAUUACACCAACACAGACUUCAUCGAUUACAAGAACAUCAACUUCUUCUGAAACAGAACCUUCUACAAUAGUAAGAACAUAUACCUCAUCUAUGGCACCAACUUCAGUGUCCUUUGAAACAGAGCAUUCAACAACAACAGCUUCACCGAUUUCAAGGCAAACAGAACAUUCAACAAUUUCCCAAGUAUCAGGUUCUACUCAAACAGCGACGUCAACUAGAACAUCACAAGAAACCUCUCAUAUUACAAUAUCCGUUUCAACUGAAAGAGAACUUUCUACUGCACAGGAACGAUGGACCUCAAGCCAAACAGAAGUCUCACCUCAUUUUCAACCAUCAAGUUCUACCAUUGAAGUGACUUCCACUCUUGUUCCAAUACAGACUGCAUCUGUUACAAAAACAUCAAAUUCUUCCGAAACAGAGCAUUCUACAAUAAUACCAACACAUAUGUCAUCUAAUGCACCAACUUCAAUGUCCUUUGAAACAGAGCACUCAACAACAACAGUAGCACCCAUUUCAAGGGAAACCGAGCCUUUAACAAUUUCCCAAGUAUCAAGUUCUACUCAAACAGUGCCGUCAACUAUAACAUCACAGGAAACCUCCUAUAUUUCAACAACACCAGUUUCAACUGAAAGAGAACUUUCUACUAUACAGGAAACAUCAACCCCAACAGAACACCCAACUCUUCCCCAACUGUCAACUUCUACCAUUGAAGUGACUUCCACUAUUACACCAACACAGACUUCAUCUAUUACAGGAACACCAACCUUUUCUGAAACAGAACCUUCUACAAUAGUAAGAACAUUUACCUCAUCUAUGGCACCAACUUUACAGUCCUUUGAAACCGAACAUUCAACAACAACAGCUUCACCGAUUUCAAGGCAAACAGAGCAUUCAACAAUUUCCCAAGUAUCAAGUUCUACUGAAACAGCACCCUCAACUAUAACAUCACAAGAAACCUCCCAUAUUACAAUAUCCGUUUCAACUGAAAGAGAACUUUCUACUGCACAGGAACGAUGGACCUCAAGCCAAACAGAAGUCUCACCUCAUUUUCAACCAUCAAGUUCUACCAUUGAAGUGACUUCCACUCUUGUUCCAAUACAGCCUACAUCUGUUACAAAAACAUCAAGUUCUUCUGAAACAGAGCAUUCUACAAUAAUACCAACACAUAUGUCAUCUAAGGCACCAACUUCAAUUUCCUUUGAAACAGAGCACUCAACAACAACAGUAGGACCCAUUUCAAGGCAAACCGAGCCUUUAACAAUUUCCCAAGUAUCAAUUUCUACUCAAACAGCGCCGUCAACUAUAACAUCACAAGAAACCUCCUAUAUUUCAACAACAUCAGUUUCAACUGAAAGAGAACUUUCUACUAUACAGGAAACAUCAACUUCAACCCCAACAGAACACCCAACUUUUCCUCAACUGUCAACUUCUACCAUUGAAGUGACUUCCACUAUUACACCAACACAGACUUCAUCGAUUACAAGAACAUCAACUUCUUCUGAAACAGAACCUUCUACAAUAGUAAGAACAUAUACCUCAUCUAUGGCACCAACUUCAGUGUCCUUUGAAACAGAGCAUUCAACAACAACAGCUUCACCGAUUUCAAGGCAAACAGAACAUUCAACAAUUUCCCAAGUAUCAGGUUCUACUCAAACAGCGCCGUCAACUAGAACGUCACAAGAAACCUCUCAUAUUACAAUAUCCGUUUCAACUGAAAGAGAACUUUCUACUGCACAGGAACCAUUGACCUCAAGCCAAACAGAAGUCUCACCUCAUUUUCAACCAUCAAGUUCUACCAUUGAAGUGACUUCCACUCUUGUUCCAAUACAGACUGCAUCUGUUACAAAAACAUCAAAUUCUUCCGAAACAGAGCAUUCUACAAUAAUACCAACACAUAUGUCAUCUAAUGCACCAACUUCAAUGUCCUUUGAAACAGAGCACUCAACAACAACAGUAGGACCCAUUUCAAGGCAAACCGAGCCUUUAACAAUUUCCCAAGUAUCAAUUUCUACUCAAACAGCGCCGUCAACUAUAACAUCACAAGAAACCUCCUAUAUUUCAACAACAUCAGUUUCAACUGAAAGAGAACUUUCUACUAUACAGGAAACAUCAACUUCAACCCCAACAGAACACCCAACUCUUCCCCAACUGUCAACUUCUACCAUUGAAGUGACUUCCACUAUUACACCAACACAGACUUCAUCUAUUACAAGAACAUCAACUUCUUCUGAAACAGAACAUUCUACAAUAGUCAGAACAUAUACCUCAUCUAUGGCACCAAAUUCACAGUCCUUUGAAACAGAGCAUUCAACAACAACAGCUUUACCAAUUUCAAGGCAAACAGAGCAUUCAACAAUUUCCCAAGUAUCAAGUUCUACUCAAACAGCGCCAUCAACUAUAACAUCACAGGAAACCUCCCAUAUUACAAUAUCCGUUUCAACUGAAGAACUUUCUACUAUACAGGAACCAUUGACCUCAAGCCAAACAGAAGUCUCACCUCAUUUUCAACCAUCAAGUUCUACCAUUGAAGUGACCUCCACUCUUGUUCCAAUACAGACUACAUCUGUUACAAAAACAUCAAGUUCUUCUGAAACAGUGCUUUCUACAAUAAUACCAACAUAUAUGUCAUCUAAGGCAUCAGCUUCAAUGUCCUUUGAAACAGAGCACUCAACAACAACGGUAGCACCCAUUUCAAGGCAAACCGAGCCUUUAACAAUUUCCCAAGUAUCAAGUUCUACUCAAACAGCACCAUCAACUAUAACAUCACAAGAAACCUCCCAUAUUACAAUAUCCAUUUCAACUGAAAGAGAACUUUCUACUAUACAGGAAACAUCAACUUCAACCCCAACAGAACACCCAACUCUUCCUCAACUGUCAACUUCUACCAUUGAAGUGACUUCCACUAUUACACCAACACAGACUUCAUCUAUUACAAGAACACCAAUUUCUUCUGAAACAGAACCUUCUACAAUAGUAGGAACAUUUACCUCAUCUAUGGCACCAACUUCAGUGUCCUUUGAAACAGAGCAUUCAACAACAGUAGCACCCAUUUCAAGGCAAACCGAGCCUUUAACAAUUUCCCAUGUAUCAGGUUCUACUCAAACAGUGCCGUCAACUCUAACAUCACAAGAAACCUCCUAUAUUUCAACAACAUCAGUUUCAACUGAAAGAGAACUUUCUACUAUACAGGAAACAUCAACUUCAACCCCAACAGAACACCCAACUCUUCCUCAACUGUCAACUUCUACCAUUGAAGUGAAUUCCACUAUUACACCAACACAGACUUCAUCUAUUACAAGAACACCAACUUCUUCUGAAACAGAACCUUCUACAAUAGUAAGAACAUUUACCUCAUCUAUGGCACCAAUUUCAGUGUCCUUUGAAACAGAGCAUUCAACAACAACAGCUUCACCGAUUUCAAGGCAAACAGAACAUUCAACAAUUUCCCAAGUAUCAAGUUCUACUCAAACAGCGCCGUCAACUAGAACAUCACAAGAAACCUCUCAUAUUACAAUAUCCGUUUCAACUGAAAGAGAACUUUCUACUGCACAGGAACGAUUGACCUCAAGCCAAACAGAAGUCUCACCUCAUUUUCAACCAUCAAGUUCUACCAUUGAAGUGACUUCCACUCUUGUUCCAAUACAGACUACAUCUGUUACAAAAACAUCAAAUUCUUCCGAAACAGAGCAUUCUACAAUAAUACCAACACAAAUGUCAUCUAAGGCACCAACUUCAAUGUCCUCUGAAACAGAGCACUCAACAACAACAGUAGCACCCAUUUCAAGGCAAACAGAGCCUUUAACAAUUUCCCAAGAAUCAAGUUCUACUCAAACAGCGCCGUCAACUAUAACAUCACAAGAAACCUCCUAUAUUUCAACAACAUCAGUUUCAACUGAAAGAGAACUUUCUACUAUACAGGAAACAUCAACAUCAACCCCAACAGAACACCCAACUCUUCCCCAACUGUCAACUUCUACCAUUGAAGUGACUUCCACUAUUACACCAACACAGACUUCAUCUAUUACAGGAACACCAACUUCUUCUGAAACAGAACCUUCUACAAUAGUAAGAACAUUUACCUCAUCUAUGGCACCAACUUUACAGUCCUUUGAAACCGAACAUUCAACAACAACAGCUUCACCGAUUUCAAGGCACACAGAGCCUUCAACAAUUUUCCAAGUAUCAAGUUCUACUCAAACAGCACCGUCAACUAUAACAUCACAAGAAACCUCCUAUAUUUCAACAACAUCAGUUUCAACUGAAAGAGAACUUUCUACUAUACAGGAAAUAUCAACUUCAACCCCAACAGAACACCCAACUCUUCCUCAACUGUCAACUUCUACCAUUGAAGUGACUUCCACUAUUACACCAACACAGACUUCAUCUAUUACAAGAACACCAAUUUAUUCUGAAACAGAACCUUCUACAAUAGUAAGAACAUUUACCUCAUCUAUGGCACCAACUUCAGUGUCCUUUGAAACGGAGCAUUCAACAACAACAGUAGCACCCAUUUCAAGGCAAACAGAGCCUUUAACAAUUUCUCAAGUAUCAAGUUCUACUCAAACAGUGCCAUCUACUAUAACAUCACAGGAAACCUCCUAUAUUUCAACAACAUCAGUUUCAACUGAAAGAGAACUUUCUACUAUACAGGAAACAUCAACUUCAACCCCAACAGAACACCCAACUCUUCCCCAACUGUCAACUUCCAGCAUUGAAGUGAAUUCCACUAUUACACCAACACAGACUUCAUCUAUUACAAGAACACCAAUUUCUUCUGAAACAGAACAUUCUACAAUAGUAAGAACAUAUACCUCAUCUAUGGCACCAACUUCAGUGUCCAUUGAAACAAAGCAUUCAACAACAACAGCUUCACCGAUUUCAAGGCAAACAGAGCAUUCAACAAUUUCCCAAGUAUCAAGUUCUACUCAAACAGCACCCUCAACUAUAACAUCACAGGAAACCUCCCAUAUAACAAUAUCUGUUUCAACUGAAAGAGAACUUUCUACUAUACUGGAAACAUCAACUUCAACCCCAACAGAACACCCAACUCUUCGUCAACUGUUAACUUCUACCAUUGAAGUGACUUCCACGAUUACACCAACACAGACUUCAUCUAUUACAAGAACAUCAACUUCUUCUGAAACAGAACCUUCUACAAUAGUAAGAACAUUUACCUCAUCUAUGGCACCAACUUCAGUGUCCUUUGAAACAGAGCAGUCAACAACAGUAGCACCCAUUUCAAGGCAAACCGAGCCUUUAACAAUUUCCCAAGUAUCAGGUUCUACUCAAACAGUGCCGUCAACUCUAACAUCACAAGAAACCUCCUAUAUUUCAACAACAUCAGUUUCAACUGAAAGAGAACUUUCUACUAUACAGGAAGCAUCAACUUCAACCCCAACAGAACACCCAACUCUUCCUCAACUGUCAACUUCUACCAUUGAAGUGAAUUCCACUAUUACACCAACACAGACGUCAUCUAAUACAAGAAUACCAACUUCUUCUGAAACAGAACCUUCUACAAUAGUAAGAACAGAUACCUCAUCUAUGGCACCAACUUCAGUGUCCCUUGAAACAGAGCACUCAACAACAACAGCUUCACCGAUUUCAAGGCAAACAGAACAUUCAACAAUUUCCCAAGUAUCAAGUUCUACUCAAACAGCGCCGUCAACUAAAACAUCACAAGAAACCUCUCAAUUUACAAUAUCCGUUUCAACUGAAAGAGAACUUACUACUGCACAGGAACCAUUGACCUCAAGCCAAACAGAAGUCUCACCUCAUUUUCAACCAUCAAGUUCUACCAUUGAAGUGACUUCCACUCUUGUUCCAAUACAGACUACAUCUGUUACAAAAACAUCAAAUUCUUCAGAAACAGAGCAUUCUACAAUAAUACCAACACAUAUUUCAUCUAAGGCACCAACUUCAAUGUCCUUUGAAACAGAGCACUCAACAACAACAGUAGCACCCAUUUCAAGGCAAACCGAGCAUUUAACAAUUUCCCAAGUAUCAAGUUCUACUCAAACAGUGCCGUCAACUAUAACAUCACAAGAAACCUCCUAUAUUUCAACAGCAUCAGUUUCAACUGAAAGAGAACUUUCUACUAUACAGGAAACAUCAACUUCAACCCCAACAGAACACCCAACUCUUCCCCAACUGUCAACUUCUACCAUUGAAGUGACUUCCACUAUUACACCAACACAGACUUCAUCUAUUACAAGAACACCAACUUCUUCUGAAACAGAACCUUCUACAAUAGUAAGAACAUUUACCUCAUCUAUGGCACCAACUUUACAGUCCUUUGAGACCGAACCUUCAACAACAACAGCUUCACCGAUUUCAAGGCACACAGAGCCUUCAACAAUUUUCCAAGUAUCAAGUUCUACUCAAACAGCGCCGUCAACUAUAACAUCACAGGAAACCUCCUAUAUUUCAACAACAUCAGUUUCAACUGAAAGAGAACUUUCUACUAUACAGGAAACAUCAACAUCAACCCCAACAGAACACCCAACUCUUCCUCAACUGUCAACUUCUACCAUUGAAGUGAAUUUCACUAUUACACCAACACAGACUUCAUCUAUUACAGGAACACCAACUUCUUCUGAAACAGAACCUUCUACAAUAGGAAGAACAGAUACCUCAUCUAUGGCACCAACUUCAGUGUCCUUUGAAACAGAGCAUUCAACAACAACAGCUUCACCGAUUUCAAGGCAAACAGAGCAUUCAACAAUUUCCCAAGUAUCAAGUUCUACUCAAACAGCACCCUCAACAAUAACAUCACAAGAAACCUCCCAUAUUACAAUAUCCGUUUCAACUGAAAGAGAACUUUCUACUGCACAGGAACGAUUGACCUCAAGCCAAACAGAAGUCUCAUCUCAUUUUCAACCAUCAAGUUCUACCAUUGAAGUGACUUCUACUCUUGUUCCAAUACAGACUACAUCUGUUACAAAAACAUCAAGUUCUUCUGAAACAGAGCAUUCUACAAUAAUACCAACACAUAUGUCAUCUAUGGCACCAACUUCAAUGUCAUUUGAAACAGAGCACUCAACAACAACAGUAGCACCCAUUUCAAGGCAAACCGAGCCUUUAACAAUUUCCCAAGUAUCAAGUUCUACUCAAACAGUGCCAUCAACUAUAACAUCACAAGAAACCUCCUAUAUUUCAGCAGCAUCAGUUUCAACUGAAAGAGAACUUUCUACUAUACAGGAAACAUCAACUUCAACCCCAACAGAACACCCAACUCUUCCUCAACUGUCAACUUCUACCAUUGAAGUGACUUCCACUAUUACACCAACACAGACUUCAUUGAUUACAAGAACAUCAACUUCUUCUGAAACAGAACCUUCUACAAUAGUAAGAACAUAUACCUCAUCUAUGGCACCAACUUCAGUGUCCUUUGAAACAGAGCAUUCAACAACAACAGCUUCACCGAUUUCAAGGCAAACAGAGCCUUUAACAAUUUCCCAAGUAUCAAGUUCUACUCAAACAGUGCCCUCAACUAUAACAUCACAGGAAACCUCCCAUAUUACAAUAUCCGUUUCAACUGAAGAACUUUCUACUAUACAGGAACCAUUGACCUCAAGCCAAACAGAAGUCUCACCUCAUUUUCAACCAUCAAGUUCUACCAUUGAAGUGACCUCCACUCUUGUUCCAAUACAGACUACAUCUGUUACAAAAACAUCAAGUUCUUCUCAAACAGUGCUUUCUACAAUAAUACCAACACAUACGUCAUCUAAGGCACCAACUUCAAUGUCCUUUGAAACAGAGCACUCAACAACAACAGUAGCACCCAUUUCAAGGCAAACCGAGCCUUUAACAAUUUCCCAAGUAUCAAGUUCUACUCAAACAGCACCCUCAACUAUAACAUCACAAGAAACCUCCCAUAUUACAAUAUCCGUUUCAACUGAAAGAGAACUUUCUACUAUACAGGAAACAUCAACUUCAACCCCAACAGAACACCUAACUCUUCCUCAACUGUCAACUUCUACCAUUGAAGUGACUUCCACUAUUACACCAACACAGACUUCAUCUAUUACAAGAACACCAACUUCUUCUGAAACAGAACCUUCUACAAUAGUAAGAACAUUUACCUCAUCUAUGGCACCAACUUUAGUGUCCUUUGAAACAGAGCAUUCAACAACAGUAGCACCCAUUUCAAGGCAAACCGAGCCUUUAACAAUUUCCCAAGUAUCAGGUUCUACUCAAACAGUGCCGUCAACUCUAACAUCACCAGAAACCUCCUAUAUUUCAACAACAUCAGUUUCAACUGAAAGAGAACUUUCUACUAUACAGGAAACAUCAACUUCAACCCCAACAGAACACCCAACUCUUCCCCAACUGACAACUUCUUCCAUUGAAGUGACUUCCACUAUUACACCAACACAGACGUCAUCUAAUACAAGAACACCAACUUCUUCUGAAACAGAACGUUCUACAAUAGUAAGAACAUAUACCUCAUCUAUGGCACCAACUUCACAGUCCUUUGAAACCGAGCACUCAACAACAACAGCUUCACCGAUUUCAAGGCAAACAGAGCAUUCAACAAUUUCCCAAGUAUCAAGUUCUACUCAAACAGCGCCGUCAACUAGAACAUCACAAGAAACCUCUCAUAUUACAAUAUCCGUUUCAACUGAAAGAGAACUUACUACUGCACAGGAACGAUUGACCUCAAGCCAAACAGAAGUCUCACCUCAUUUUCAACCAUCAAGUUCUACCAUUGAAGUGACUUCCACUCUUGUUCCAAUACAGACUGCAUCUGUUACAAAAACAUCAAAUUCUUCGGAAACAGUGCUUUCUACAAUAAUACCAACACAUAUGUCAUCUAUGGCACCAACUUCAAUGUCCUUUGAAACAGAGCACUCAACAACAACAGUAGCACCCAUUUCAAGGCAAACCGAGCCUUUAACAAUUUCCCAAGUAUCAAGUUCUACUCAAACAGCGCCAUCAACUAUAACAUCACAAGAAACCUCCUAUAUUUCAACAGCAUCAGUUUCAACUGAAAGAGAACUUUCUACUAUACAGGAAGCAUCAACAUCAAGCCAAACAGAAUACCCAACUCUUCCUCAACUGUCAACUUCUACCAUUGAAGUGACUUCCACUAUUACACCAACGCAGACUUCAUCUAUUACAAGAACAUUAACUUCUUCUGAAACAGAACCUUCUACAAUAGUAAGAACAUAUACCUCAUCUAUGGCACCAACUUCAGUGUCCUUUGAAACAGAGCACUCAACAACAACAGUAGCACCCAUUUCAAGGCAAACCGAGCCUUUAACAAUUUCCCAAGUAUCAAGUUCUACUCAAACAGUGCCGUCAACUAUAACAUCACAAGAAACCUCCUAUAUUUCAACAACAUCAAUUUCAACUGAAAGAGAACUUUCUACUAUACAGGAAACAUCAACUUCAACCCCAACAGAACACCCAACUCUUCCCCAACUGUCAACUUCUACCAUUGAAGUGACUUCCACUAUUACCCCAACACAGACUUCAUCUAUUACAAGAACACCAAUUUCUUCUGAAACAGAACCUUCUACAAUAGUAAGAACAUUUACCUCAUCUAUGGCACCAACUUCACAGUCCUUUGAAACAAAGCAUUCAACUACAUCAGCAAUUUCAUUUUCAACAAUUCCACAAGCAUCUAGUUAUGCACCGUUGCUUUCAACUGUGUCAAAUACAAAAACAUUUUCUGUUUCACAAAGUUCAGCUGUAACAAAGUCUAAUACAGGUGAAUCCCUCAGUUCAAGUCAUACCGAGCCUAUAACUAGCAACCAGACACCAAGUUUGCAAACAGAGUCCUCAUCUGUAACACCAACUGAGUCUUCACAAAUAACCAGUUCAUCUGAAACAACACAUUUUACUAUACCAUCAACUUCAAACAUACAUCAAACAGAGCCUUCAACUAUCCCUUUAACAUCAGGUCCUACUGAAACAAAGCCUUCAACAAUGCAAAGUACAUCCAUUUUUACCUUUUCAACUUCGGAAGUUGCUUCUAGUAUACCAUUAUUUUCAAGUAAAGGACCUUCUUCAACUUCACAUAGUACCAAAAGCUCAACACAGAGUGUCCAACGUACAUCACCAACACCGUCAUCUUCCCAAGCAACAGUUAAUAACACUACAACAGUGGUCACAAAAAGUAGUCCUUCUUUACCAUCAGAGAUACCUUCUACUACCCCAACAAACACUGUAAGCACCCAAAAAACACAUUCAUCUACGCAACUUUUCAAAACAAGCACAGUUUUGCCAAGUACAACAAAUCACUCAACAACACAUCCUAGUUCUACUAUAAACCAAUGUACAAACCUAACCAACCAAGAGUGUACUUACAACUCUACCAGCGGAAAAUGUGACUGUAAGUGCCUGAAAGAUUACGUUGGAAGUUCGUGUGAAUAUGGGAAGAAUAUCACUGAAGGAGUCGUAGAUAACGCUGGUAAAUUAAAGAAGACAAUCUUUGUCGUGCUGUCUAUAAAUUUACAAUUCACAAGCGAAUAUUUAGACAGUUCAUCCCAGGCAUACAAGGCGUUAGAACAUACAUUAACACCUAUUCUUACAGCGAUCUACAAGGCUGCAUCAAAAUAUUUUGUGUCAAUGAAAAUCACUGGUUUCCGCCAAGGGAGCAUUUUAGCGAACAGCACAGCAGACUACGAGUAUCCAAAUAACCAAACAGGCAUCGACUUCUUAAAUAACGAUUUGGAGUCGGCUGUAAAUACCUCUUUCAUGCAAUCACUGGUUAACUUAUCCACCACGCUGAAUGCCAGCACAACACUGAAAUCGGUUACUCCGGGGCCCUCGCCUAUAACAAAUGUGACGCAGCUAAAGCCCUUCAUCAACUGCACGGUGGAGUAUGCCAACUACACAAUAAUUUGUGAUCAGAGCUGUUACUGCACCGGUCCUUGUUACAAGUCUCCAGCGAUUUGUCACUACAACGGAGACUGCUUUAAUGCAAAGGGCGGCUUCAUAUGCAAGUGUUAUACUUUUGGGCUUUACCAGUACACCGGAUCUGACUGCAGUACUUAUGAACGAAGUGCUGGAUUUUACGGCUUAGUGUUUGGUGUUAUUGGCGCCGCACUCCUUCUUCUGAUUGUUUUAAUUUUUGCUAUCUUAGUUUUCAAAAGGAAGAAGGCACUUAGACAAUUUGAAGACAGACCGGAGUCUAAACGCUGGUAUUCACUAGAUGAAGAGAAUAUGAACUUCUCAUAUACAGAUAUGGAUGCCGUGCUGUCUGGAGGUCGUUUGGGGAAGUUAUCUCGAUCUGGAAAGUACGAUGUAGAGGGAAGUCAAUCUAGUGACAGCGACCUUUCCACGGGAGUGUAUCGACCAAGACUGGACACAGUAGACACUUCACAAAGGCUCAAAAUAAAAAGGCCAGAGCUGAUCCCACAAGGCUUUAAACAAACAUGAUUAAAGCUCUCAACGAUAAAGUGAACCCGUUUGCUUUCUACGUCGUAUGUUGUAUUCAACAAAUCCUAUUUACCUCUCUUUAAAAGCAACAUAAAAAAAUAAA